UAAGGGAGUAAAUCCACUGACGUCACCUCAAGUGCAAGAAGAAAAGAAAGCGUUCAGUGAAAGCUGUCAUGAAGUAGUUGUAGCGACAGUACAGCAAGCCUUCAGUGAGUUCGGGUACUAGUUACACUCCAAGCCGAGACUUCAAACCGCUGGUUCAACAAUUACGCAAGAAACGAAAAUAUACCUAUAGAGAGCAAACCCCUCAAACUGUUCAGGGAGCAAAACUAGAAAUUCUUUAGGAUAUGGCAGAUGUCAUACCAGCCAACGAGUCCUCUGAAUCGGACCUUGUUAAUCGAUUCGCCCGCAAAGGUGCGCUGAAGCAGAAGAACGUCCAUGAAGUAAAGAACCACAAAUUUACUGCAAGAUUUUUCAAACAACCGACUUUCUGCAGCCACUGCACCGACUUCAUCUGGGGAUUUGGCAAGCAAGGAUUCCAGUGCCAAGUUUGCUGUUUCGUGGUUCACAAGCGCUGCCAUGAGUUUGUCACAUUCUGCUGCCCCGGAGCGGACAAGGGUCCCGACACAGACGACCCGAGGAGCAAGCACAAAUUCAAGAUCCAUACCUAUGGGAGUCCCACGUUCUGUGACCACUGCGGAUCGCUUCUGUAUGGACUCCUCCACCAGGGGAUGAAGUGUGAAACCUGUGACACUAACGUCCACAAGAUAUGUGUGAUGAAUGUGCCCAGCCUGUGUGGGAUGGACCACACGGAGCGGCGAGGACGUCUCUACCUGACGGUGGAGGCCACCGGAGAGAAGCUGCAUGUCACAGUGGGCGAGGGCAGAAACCUUAUCCCCAUGGACCCCAACGGCCUGUCCGACCCCUACAUCAAGCUCAAGCUCAUCCCCGACCCCAAGAACGAGACCAAGCAGAAGACCAAGACCAUCCGCUCCAACCUCAACCCCACCUGGAACGAGUCCUUCACAUUCAAGCUGAAGCCUACUGAUAAGGACCGCAGGCUGUCGGUGGAAGUGUGGGACUGGGAUCGCACCACCAGGAACGACUUCAUGGGAUCACUGUCCUUUGGCGUGUCAGAGCUGCUGAAGGCGCCCAUGACUGGCUGGUACAAGCUGUUGAACCAGGAGGAGGGCGAGUACUAUAACGUGCCCAUAUCCGAGGAGGACGACGGGAAUGAUGAGCUGCGUCAGAAGUUUGAGAAAGCCAAGCUUGGCCCUAAGAAGGUCAUUACACCCUCGGAUGAUGACAGUCGGAGCAGUGUGGUGUUCAACGCCCUGGACCAUGUCAAACUCGACGACUUCCACUUCCUGGCUGUUCUGGGAAAAGGCAGCUUUGGCAAGGUGAUGUUGGCUGAGAUGAAGGACUCCGACAUCUUGUACGCCAUCAAGAUCCUGAAGAAGGACGUGGUGAUUCAGGACGACGACGUGGAGUGCACCAUGGUGGAGAAGAGGGUGCUGGCCCAGGAGGACAAACCGCCCUUCCUCACCCAACUCCACUCCUGCUUCCAGACUGUGGACCGUUUGUAUUUUGUGAUGGAAUACGUCAAUGGUGGUGACCUCAUGUACCAUAUCCAGCAAGUGGGCAAGUUUAAGGAGCCCCAGGCUGUCUUCUAUGCAGCAGAGAUUGCUGUUGGGCUGUUCUUCCUGCACAAGAAGGGAGUCAUAUACAGGGACCUGAAGCUGGACAACGUGAUGCUGGACGCCGAGGGCCACAUCAAGAUCGCUGACUUUGGCAUGUGCAAGGAGAACAUGGUUGAGGGCGUGACCACCCGCACCUUCUGUGGAACCCCAGACUACAUCGCCCCUGAGAUUAUUGCAUAUCAGCCCUAUGGGCUUUCAGUGGACUGGUGGGCCUACGGAGUCCUGCUGUAUGAGAUGCUGGCUGGACAGCCCCCCUUCGAUGGUGAGGACGAGGACGAGCUCUUCCAGUCCAUCAUGGAGCACAACGUCUCCUACCCCAAGUCCCUCUCCAAAGAGGCCGUCUCCGUCUGCAAAGGGCUGAUGACCAAACACCCAUCCAAGCGUCUGGGCUGCGGGACAGAGGGCGAGCGUGAUGUCAGAGAGCACGCCUUCUUCCGCCGCAUCGACUGGGACCGCCUGGAGGUCCGCGAGAUCCAGCCGCCCUUCAAGCCCAAAACGGGUGGCAAAGCGGCUGAAAACUUCGACAAGUUCUUCACGCGCACCCAGCCCCAGCUGACCCCCCCGGACGAGCUGGUCAUCGCCAACAUCGACCAGGGCGAAUUCGCUGGCUUCAGCUUCAUCAACGCCCAGUUUGUCGCCCCUGUCCUACCAGGCGUGCCACCCGUUUAGACCCCUAUCGUCGUCGUCGUCCCCAACCCCAACCCCUAUACCUUUAGCCCUUCCCUUACCAAUUAACCCCCUCACAAACUAAAAGCCAAAACUUACCCAUUUUCUGACAUUGGGGACUUGUCCAAUCCAAAGCAAACCCCCUCUGCUUUUUUAGGCCAGUUGUAAGAGUACUGCCAUUAUCAUUUAUUUUCUUUAAUCAUGUUUUAAUCCAGUCCACAUUGAGCACUGGACUACUAAUACAUAUGCAUUUGUUCAUCCACACCCUUUGGCGUGGUGCCCAUUUAGCAAAUUACAGACGCACUUAUAAUUUAGCAACCUGCAGUUCCAUACUUCUUCACCUGCCAAAUGCCACAGCUGCCACGUGGUGAUACGAGCGAUACUGAAAACCAGACCGUGCUUCCUGACGCUUUAUGCUCAUAGCUCUACACACAGCAGUCUUCCCUUAUUGCACAGGGCAAUUACCAAGUUGUAGAGGUACUGUAAUAGGGAUCUGCUGGCGGCCAGCAUUGCUCUUGAAUGUUGACUCUAGGGUGAUCUAACAUUCUCCGAAGGUUUACUCUUAGUUGGUUGUCAUUGUUGUGUUUUUUUAUUGUCCCCCAUGUUUAGCCUUAGGUCCUAAUUUGGCAUGAUUUGAGUUCAUGAUUUGAGUUCAUGAUUUGAGUUCACGAUUUGAGUUCAUGGGUACACGACCUCAGAGUAAUGAGAGCGCCAUAUGUGAUGUGAAACAUAUGUGCCUGCAUUUACGCCAGAAACACAUCAGUAUAUCCAGAAAUGUGACUUAAUUAUUCGCGCCAUGUAGCUGUGACGCAUCAGACUGAUUUUAGACCAGUGACACACUAAACUGUUCUUUCGCUUGCACACGGCCAGUUUAUGCAGAAGUCAGCCAGUAUUGGUCAAAGCUAAUCAUUGCUCUCAUCUUAUAGGGACAUGAUGUGAUGCCUAGCCACGUCGCAUUCUCACACACAUUUACUCAUACAUACUUAGCAUUUGACGGCAAAAUGGUCAUCAGAAACUGCAGGUUGUUUUCAAAUGCAUAACGUAGACCACUUCAAUCAUGAAUAGAGACUGUGUACACAGUUAAUAUUUCAUCUUAGCAAAUCUUAUUACAAUGGCCAUACUGUUAAUGAGUCUCUAAUAGACUAUUGAAGAUGUAUGAUUAUAAACGAUGAUACAAGAAGUGAAGGUUGUUUGUAGAAGAAAUGAAGUUAAUCAAAAGAAUGAAGUUUUAUGCUACCUAGCAUAUCUUUAAUUUUUCGGUACAAAAUGAAACACCUUGCCAAUAGCACGCAACCAAGUAUUACAUUAUUUUAUGAAAUUAUGUGGAAAUCUUAUAAUUUCUUCCUGUUUACGUUUUGAUUUUAGAUUUACAUGCAUAAAUCUGCUCUCAUGUGAUGUUUCCAGUAGGAAUAAUUGAUAUCACUGUAAUAUCAGCAGUGAUUUAAUUUUUUGUAAAUAUUAAUGAAUUAUUUAAUAGGAAGCAUAACAACAUGCAGUUUUUAUACCAACCAACUGAAUGUGCUUUUAUUACGUUAGAUAGUCGAGGAUAUUUAUAUGUACGAUAACCCAUAACAAUUCAACUUUGUAACCGGUGGGUAACCGUCUUUAAAAGUUUUUCAGAAUCAGCCGAUGUCUACACUUACAGAGAUUUAAACAGAUUUAUCAGAUAACUCAUUGACAUUUUUCAUAUCAUUUUGUUCAUGCGGGGGGGGUGGUGGCUUGGCUGCAGAGUAUGAGCUGGUCUGGAUGUCCCCUGUUUGGCUGGGGUCUCUGUCUGUGUCUGUGUGUCUUUGGCUUCUUCUGACUGCAUGAGGCAAAAAAACACUCUGAUUCUGCAUGACUCAAAGUAUAGAGCGUUUGCAGCAUGGUCUAAGUGUCGCAAAAGAAAUAACCG